ACGAACAGUGACGACAUCUAUGGAGAAGGUUUUUUUUGUAGCUAUGUAACGUUGUUUUUUUUGUUUUUUAAAUAAUUGUUAAACGAAGUGAAUAUAGCUAGAGUAAAGAAUGGAUUUAUCAAAAAUGAAAAAUGAUCGGAAGUUAUACUUGUGUAGAUGGUAUUUUCGUGCUGGAUUUGCAUGCCUCCCGUUCCUGUGGUUUGUGAACACACUGUGGUUUUUCUCUGAAGCAUUCAGGAAACCAACAUUUGAAGAACAAAGUUCAAUUAAAAAAUACGUGGUCCUGUCCGGCGUCGGCGCCGCGGUGUGGCUGGCCGCGCUCGUCGCGUGGACCGUGGUGUUCCAGACGCACCGCGUCGCCUGGGGGGAGACGGCAGACUACAUGUCCUUCAUCAUCCCCUCCGGCAUUCCGUAGCCACCGUGCCGUGGUGAAGUCACCGCUUCGAAAAGACAAUCUACACUACACAGAACUGCAACUUAUUGUUGAUGUAUGCUAGAAACAGGAUGAACUGAUAACAUGGAUAUGCAUUAUGGGUAAGAGGAAUUACAUAAUUUGUAUACUUUU